AUGGGGUACGGACCCGCGGGCUUCGCGAACGCGCCGGUGUCGAAGUUCCUGACGUACGCCGCCGCGAUGGCGUCCUACGCGACGACGACGACGACGACGACUGGAUCCGGCGGUUGGGCGCGGAUCGCCGAUCGCGUCGCGCGCGCCUUCGCGUUCAACGCCACCGCGCAAAAUAAUGACCUCGCGCACCGCGGCGUCCUCGCCGGCGUCCUCGGCGGCGUCCCGUGCGCGCUGUUCCUGCUGCACCACUUCCGCGUCGUCGAGCGCCAGCGCGGGAGCGCCAAGCUCGCCGCGUUCGCGAGCGUCGUCGGCGUUGCGAGUCGACUCUUCGGAGUGUGCGCUUUAAGCGACGACGAGACCAGAUGGGCGCCGGGGCCGUUCGCGGUCGUCGGCGCGCUCCUCGCGUCGUUCCUGCGCGCCGUCCCGUGCGCGCGCCACGUCGGCGUGCCGGGCACCGGCGGGCGCGUCCGGGUGUGCGGCGACAAGGCGCUCGCGUGCGUCGUCGCGCUGCGGUGA